AUGCUUUUUGCAAAAUUAUUGUUAGGAUUAGCUGUUGGUUGUGCCUCUGCAGUUGUUCCUAUUUUACUUGCAGAAUUGGCUCCAUCUGAGAAAAGAGGGCAAAUGGUUACUCGUAAUGAAUUGAUGAUUGUUCUAGGGCAAUUUGUUGCCUUCCUUAGUAAUGCUAUACUUGGAACUAUUUGGGCAGAUGAGUUAGUUGAAAUUUUUAAUUAA